UUGACGAAAGCUCAAACAACAACAAUAAUAACGAUGAGAAUGCCAAUACAUUAAUAAAUAGGAAUAAUUGGAAGUUACAAUCUGGAAUCACCAGAUUAUUAAAAGAAGCGACAAAUCUCAGUGGACACGUAAUGAGGUUGGAGAAUUGGGGAGUAAUUAGAUGUGGAUUAAACAUUUCUAGACCCAAAUGGUGUGCAGAAGCUGAUUAUAAUGAAAUCCAGCAAAUCUGUAAAAAAAAGGCACCAUAUAUUUCUCCUUCAAGAACAUUAAAGGAAAUCGUUAAGCUGGACCAUAAAAACAAGUUGGAUAAUAAUAAAUUGGUAAAUAUUAAUCAAGAACUCGAAGAUCCACUCACUACCUUUUCGAUAAGAAUUUUAAAAUAUUUUCUUUUAUCUGGACUACAAGAUGAUUUGAUAUAUAAACCGGGAGAGAUAGCAUUAUCAUCAAUCGAAUCUUAUCGUAAAAGGAAAAAGGAAAGUGAUUACGAACAAAAAUCGGACGGUGUUUUCUUGAUGUGUUUGAAAAAUCAUUAUAUUGAAAUUGGUCACGUUGAAAUUAGUGGUGGUUAUGGUUGUAUAGAUAAACCACGAUCCACCUGGGAUCAUCUUAAAGGUGCAGUCGGAAAUAUUUAUAUGUUAGGAGACCUUUCAUACUGUUACAAAAAGGCUUCCUACAGGACUUUUUCAAAGAUUCAAGUGUCUUUCUUGCAUGGACUUGACAAUCAUUUGGAACUUUGGAGAAUGUCUAACCCCGCAUCUGGUGUCUUAAUAUUCGAAAGAACUCAUAAAGUCGUUGUUCCCAUCGAUUGGGAUAAUCAACAAAUAUAUUUUUUUAAUUUUAUUAAAUUAUUAUGGGAUUUAAAGCUCUGCUUGUUAGAUACAAUCGAAUCAAUCAAAAAAUUACAUGAAGAAAACCUCGCCAAUAUGUUCGAAGAAAAUUAUAGACCUCUCCAUGGGAGACUUCCGAUGCAUUCGCUCACCCCAUGCAAAGAACAACAUCGUGCAGGCAUUAAUGCGAUUUGUGUCGAGAGCGAAGACGAAA